AUGCAACGCAGCUCAAGUAGCCCCGAACUCUCACCAAUAUCCUCUGGAGAUGGGGCUGCCGACCGGGUCUGGAGGAGGAAACAGCCCCAGCCGGUUGCUGCGAUCUUUAUCCAUGCUGGUGCCGGUUACCACAGCGUUGCCAAUGAACAUGUGCAUCUCAGUGCAUGUAGCGAAGCGGCCAAGCUGGGCAUGAGCUUUCUGAGAGCUGGUGCUUCUGCUACCCAAGCCGUGGAAGCUGCUAUCAAAUACCUCGAGGACAGGGAAAUCACCAAUGCUGGCUUCGGCAGCAACUUGACCAUGGACGGCAUUGUCGAGUGUGAUGCGACUGUGGUAGACCACUUGGGAAGAAGCGGUGCCUGCGGUGCCGUUCCUGUGCGAAAUCCUAUAUCUCUAGCCAAACUAAUUCUUGACGCAAGCAGUCGUCCUCUGUCACUCCGCCGAGUUCCACCAAACAUCCUUGUUGGAGAGGGUGCCAGAGAGUUCGGGAUAGAACAUGGCAUGCCCCAAGUCCCCAACGAGCAACUGGUUUCGAAGAAUGCCAAGGACAGAUAUCUCCGCUGGAACGAGGACUUAAAACGGGCAGAAGCCAAACUGCACCCCUCGAAUCAUUUUUCUGGCAGGACUGCUGAAAAGUCCAGCGCUGGAGACUACGAACAGGCCGCCGACCCUGCUGGCCAGUCGUCGGGGCGAGAUCACACCAAUGCAAUCUUGACGGGAACUUGGAAUGAAGGUCAACCUGACUCCCCUCAUAUCCCCGGCACGCCCUUGGGAGAGAAUGGAUCACCGGCAGGCACUGCGGUUACCACUGCGCGGUCGACUCCCAGCAGCUCGUCCAGGUCCUCAUCGUACACCCUGCGAACCCCAAAUCCUUUGAGCUACGUCAGUGCCGCCUUUCAAGGGCGCUCGAGGCCAUCUCAAAAGCGGCCCAAAGUACGGAAAAGCGUGAGUGAUGAUGCCGCCGCCUUCCUCACGCCGCUCACAGGGACGAACAAAGCACCAUCCCCGGCCGCUUCGGCACACGACGGUUCGGUAAGCACUGCGGAGAGCGAUAGAGGCGAUAUCUCUGACGACGGAGAGAAAAAAGAAGAGGAGAAACAGCCUCUGCCAAUUCUUGCUGGCACCAAACGUAGCCGAGAAUUCGGUAGCGGCGAUGAGGAUUUCGUAACAGACACGGUCGGCGCCAUCGCCAUUGAUAACAGGGGUCACAUUGCAGCAGGAUCUUCUUCUGGGGGUAUUGGAAUGAAGCAUCGCGGCCGAAUUGGGCCUGCUGCCCUCGUCGGCAUUGGUACCGCUGUUGUGCCGGAGGACCCCGAAGACGAAAUGGCGACCUCGGUAGCUGCUGUCACCAGCGGGACAGGCGAACACAUGGCCACGUGCAUUGCCUCUGCCAAGUGUGCUGAGCGUCUGUUUCACUGUACCCGGCGCGGACCUAGUGGCCAAGAUAUUGAAGAGCUGGAUGAGUCUGCCCUGAUGGAGUCCUUCAUUGUCAACGACUUUAUGGGGCAUCCUGGAGUGCGGAACCAGCCCUCGGCUGGAGCGAUUGGGGUCAUGGCUGUCAAGAAGGACCUGUCGGGAAUUUCCUUUUAUUUCGCGCACAAUACCGACUCAUUUGCCUUGUCGGCGAUGGCGGCGACAGACCAACAACCAACAUGUACGAUGUCCCGGCUGAGUAAAGCUCAUGGGGUGGCGCAGGGUGCGAGGAGGAUGAGGUAUGACUGA